GAAGCCCACGGCUAUGCCCAGCUUCUCCUACCUUUGCCCAGCUCCAGGGUGCAGUAGGAGGAACUUGGCCAUGGAUCAAUAUGGGCAAAGGUUGGAGGACGUUAGACACAUCCCAUGGCAGUUUCUUGUGCAACUCUGGGGCACUGCAUGUACCAGGAACAUGGACCUAGCAGAAGCAUUGCCAUAGCACAGGGGAAAGCCACGGGCUGAGCUCCAUAAGCCUUUCUCCCAAUUUCUCCAGCCCCCCACAGGUUACAGGCACCAGUAACACUGCCAGAGCAUUUCCCGAGGGCUGGUGGUGCAGGAUUAUGGCUUGGAGCAGCUGGGAGAACCCAAAGCCCUUCCCACACUCAAUGCACUCAUACGGUGUGAUCCCAACGAGCAAGCUCACAUGUUGGAAAAGCGUCGAUUUUCACUUGAAAUCUUCUUGCACUCGAAGUAAUCUUGAGGUUUUUCCCCUGUGUGCAUUCACAUUGAUGUCUCCCUGGAGGUUCCUCUUCUCCACGCCGAGUUCUUACGAUCACACAGGGGAUGAUAUGAUGGUAACACGGGGAUUUGCACGGGGAUGCUGCAGGGCAGAUGGGGAAGGGGUGAGGGGAGAUGCCCACGAGCAGAGUUCCCAUGCAGGACACAGCAGUUUUGCUGCCAGCACCAGGAAGCAGCUUCCCCCUCCUUUCCCUGCUGGGAAAUUGUUCCUUUUUGCUGCUUUUUAGUGCUUCUCACCCUCAUUUUGUGCAGUUCUUCCUGGUCAGCCCAAACUUCGCAUCCGCUCACAGAUAACUGCUCCCUUCUAAGAAUCCAUGGGACCUGCCUAGCUGCAAAGCAACUUCUCACUUUUCUUUUUGCAGCCCUUAGUCCCACAGACCCUGUGCAAAACCACAUGCAUCUCCGUGCUUUCCUCCAUCAGCAAGGAAUGAGAUUGCAUAAUAAAAAUGGAACCCAUCCCCUUCCAGUAUUCAAGCAGCUGAGCCACAAGUUGGGGAAGAAUCACCAAAUAUUGCCUUUCUCCCCCCACCCUGAUGAUCAGCCAAUGCACUCUGACCCCUAAAAUAUCCCGAUUUGAGGCCUUUUAUUUGUUAUGGGUUUUUUUAGGAUUUUAUUUUCAGUGAUUUUUUCCGUUUCUUGCUGCUUACCCCGCAGCUCAGCACCGCGUCACUCGCUGCCAGCGCUGAACCCAGAGGUGAUUCCAUCCCUCAAGAGCUGCAAAACGAGACAUCUGCCAACAUGCACGAAAAGGAAAGGCAGUAGGACACAUCUAUCUAUACUGGUUGGUUUUGUGUUUUGCUUUGUUUCUGUUGAAAAGCAAAACCAAGACAACAAAGCCCAGCCAAUGCCGUUUCCUGACAGUGGACGCAGGCGCGAGUGGGUUGGUCACAAAGCAAGAAGUUGCCCUGGGACUUUGUCAUUUUGGGGACGUUCUCAUGAACAUCUGAGCUAUGGAUGGGGAAAUAAUUAACGCUGAUUUAAGGCAUCCUACGGGCAGUUUGUCCCCUGCUAAGCGGCAGCACGUGUGGACUCCUCCAGCUGCCGUCGUGUGCCCCCACUGGCACCAGAUCCUCCUGAAAGCCAGCGUGCUGGAGCUGCUGCUGCUGCUGCUGCUGCUGGUCGGGUUCAGCGUGUGUGUUUUUCAGAAAACAGCACGGCCUGCGAGCGCUCCCCAGCUCUGCCCUGAGACCAGAGGAAGGAAAGGGACGGAACUGAGUGACAGCACCUCCAUUGAGGAAUACUUCUGCCAAUCCACACGGAACAGCUCCGCAGCCCCUGCUGCCUGCCUGCUCUGUCCCCUGUUCUGGAAGCUUUUAGGGGACCGAUGCUACAGGCUUUCCACAGAAAAGGGGAUCUGGACACGAGCCAGAGAGGAGUGUGAAAAUGAGCAGUCACAGCUUGUGGUGCUCCGGGACAAGGCAGAACAAGAUUACCUCCAGGAGAUUGCAGGUCCAGAGGUCCAGCCGGUGUGGCUUGGAUUAAAAGCAUCCAAAAAGGAAUGGCAGUGGGUGGACGGCUCCUCCUUCAGCACCGCAGUGUUUGGUCAACUGCCAGCGAUGCACAAUCACUGCGGGACCUUCAAAAACACAAGACUGGAGGAGGACAUCUGUACUGGGGAACACCAGUGGAUCUGCCAGAAGGAGCCUUUACGUCUCCAUCCGUAACGUGUAGGAGAUGCAGGGGAACGCAGCCCCUUGCUCUGACCUGUGCCCACCCCGAGAGCCCCAGUCACUGAGGCAAAGCUCUGCAAUGCAGCUCUGUAACGAAUUUGGGGGCAUGCAGACCCAAGCACUGCCCUGGCACACCGGGGUGUGUUACUGCAUACACUUGUGCAAUCGGCUCGUAAUCCUGUGCUAUUUCUUUCAAUAAAAAAUACCGGAUUUGUU